AUGAGAUUGGCAUCGAUAGCUGCUGUAUGCGCUUCCGCCAUUGGCGUCUCAGCUCAACAACAAGUCCUCAGCCAGCAGUCGAGACCGCCAAACAUCGUCUUCGUUUUGACCGACGAUCAAGAUGUCCAUCUCUCAUCUCUUGAAUACAUGCCACUGGUUAAAAAACACUUGAUCGACAAGGGAACCUACUUCGACAAACACUACUGCACCACUGCGGUAUGCUGUCCAGCCCGAGUCACUCUGAUGACGGGCAAAGCUGCACACAACACAAACAUCACAGACGUCAACCCACCUUACGGUGGCUAUCCUAAAUUUGUCAAACAAGGCUUCAAUUCGGCAUAUUUACCCGUAUGGUUGCAGGAAGCUGGCUACAAUGUCUACUACACUGGCAAGUUGUUCAAUGCCCACAAUGUGGACAACUACAAUACACCAUACCCAGCUGGAUUCACAAGCCAUGAUUUCCUUCUGGAUCCAUACACAUACAACUACAUGAACAGUUCUUUCCAACGCAACAAAGACCCACCUCAAAGCCACGAGGGCGAGUAUGUCACAGAUGUAUUAGCUCAAAAGGCAUAUGGUCUUCUCGAUGAAGCCGUAGAUGCAAAGAAGCCCUUCUUCCUCAUGAUUGCACCGAGUGCCCCUCAUGCCGAUAUUCAGAAUAACAGCGGCUCACUCACCUUUGACGCGCCCAUCUCAGCACCCCGACACGCCGAUCUAUUCGAAGAUGUCAAAGUGCCCAGAACAGCGAACUUCAACCCAGAAAUGCCCUCUGGGGCAAACUGGAUUCGCUCACUUGAAAGACAAAACACUACGAACGUAGACUGGAAUGACCACUUUUACCGCCAACGCCUGCGCGCCCUCCAAGCCGUCGAUGAACUAGUCGAUAAACUGUUUUCACGCCUAGAGUCGCUUGACCUUCUCCAUAACACAUACAUCAUCUACAGCAGCGACAACGGCUUCCACAUCGGCAACCACCGCAUGCAACCUGGAAAAUCGACGGGCUGCGAGGAAGACAUCAACAUCNCUCUAAUCGUCCGCGGCCCCAACGUGCCUAUCAACCAAACCACGCAGCUCGUAACCAGCCACACAGACAUUGCUGCCACCAUAUUUUCACUGCUGGGUAUACCUUUACGCGAGGACUUUGACGGAAAACCCAUUCCUGUAACUCACGUAGCCAUCGAAGCAGAAGAAAACAAAAGACGCGAGCACGUACAGAUCGAGUACUGGGGUUUUGCUGGUGGCGAAGGCAUUUAUGAUCGCAGACUACACCAAAACAACACUUUUAAAGGCAUUAGGAUUGUUGCAGAGGGCUACAAUCUCUACUACCAGGUAUGGUGUACUAACGAACACGAACUCUACGAUAUGAGCAGCGAUCCAGGACAAAUGAAUAAUCUACUGGAAGAUGGUGGUAAGGUGGAUUCAGUGUUCGGAUACUCGCUGGAAAAAGUGGUGCAGAGAUUGGAUGCCCUACUCAUGGUGCAAAAAUCUUGUAGGGGAAAAGAUUGUAGAGAGCCCUGGAGGUCGUUGCAUCUAGAUGGUUCAGUGCAGAGUCUGAGGGAUGCAAUGGCCGAGCGGUACGACAAGUUCUAUAAAGGACAGGUCAAAGUGCAGUGGGAUUAUUGUCACAAUGGCUAUGUUCCAGAAGCUGAGGGACCGAUGUUUGAAGAUGAAGGAUCAGCAUUUAGCGGCGAGGGCUUCAUGUGGCCCGAUUGGAUUUGA